UUCAACUGUGAAGAAUAUUCGAGUAUUUUCCAAAUUAUUUUGUUUUGGGAGAAAAUACCUAGUAGAAUAUAGAAAGAUGGAUUUUAUUGUAGGAACUAAGUACAUAUUGAUAAUGUUAUGCAUUAACAUGAUAAAUGCAAGUCCAACUACUAAUUAUUAUAAUGUAGUUAAAUUUGGGGCAAAAGCAGAUGGAAAAAGUGAUUCCACUGAAGAAUUUAUAAUGGCAUGGAAAUCAGCAUGUGGUAGUUUAAUUCCUGCCACUAUUUAUGUGCCAAAAGGGAGAUACUUGCUAAGAGGUUCAAAUUUCCGAGGACCAUGCAAGAGUAAUGUGACAUUUCUCAACGGUGGAACUCUUGUUGCUCCUGAAGAUUACAGAGCAAUUGGAAAUUCAGGGUAUUGGAUUUUGUUCAAUCAUGUGGAAAAUCUUGUUGUUUCUGGUGGGAAUUUGGAUGCUAAAGGGCUUGGUUUUUGGAAUUGUAGAAGAUCUGGGAAGAAUUGCCCGGUUGGAGCGAGGACAAUGACAUUCAACUGGGUGAAUAACCUGGUGAUUAGUGGUAUUACUUCAAUCAACAGCCAAUUGAGUCACAUAGUAAUCAACACAUGCAACAAUGUUGUUGUAAGAAAUAUGAGGAUUAUUGCACCAGCCAAGAGCCCAAACACAGAUGGCAUUCAUGUUGAACAAUCAAAUGGGGUAACUAUCAAUGGAUGUACAAUCAAAACAGGGGAUGACUGCAUAUCCAUUGGUGAAGCCACUUAUAAUCUAUUCAUGUCCAAUAUCAAAUGUGGCCCCGGCCAUGGCGUAAGCAUUGGAAGUUUGGGGAAAACAAUGGAUGAAAAAGGGGUGGAAAAUGUGACACUAACGAAUGCCAUUUUCUCUGGAUCGGACAAUGGAGUUAGGAUAAAGUCGUGGGCCAGGCCCAGCAAUGGUUUUGUUAGAAACGUUCUCUUUCAAAACAUCUUAAUGAACAAUGUUGAGAAUCCCAUCAUCAUUGAUCAGAAUUAUUGUCCCAACAAUCAAGGUUGUCCCGGUCAGACUUCUGGAAUUAAGAUUAGCGAAAUUACUUAUAAGAACAUUCAUGGAAGUUCAGCAACAGCAGAGGCAGUAACAUUUGAUUGCAGCCCAAGUACUCCAUGUGAUGGGAUCAAAUUGGAAGAUAUAAACUUGAAUUACAACAACAAAGCUGCAACAUCAUCUUGUAAGAACAUUGUUGGGACCAGCAAUGGAACACUAGUCCCAGAAAGUUGUCUGUCUACUUAAUAUAGAAGCAUAUUAUUAAACAUAUUAUAGUUAGUUAUAUAAAUUAAAUACAAUAGUUAAUUAGUUUGUAUAACUAACUAAUAUGUUUAAUUAAUAUGUAUCAUGUAUAUAUGUGGCUUACAUGUAUAUAAUUUAUAAAUUUAGAUUAGAUGUGGGUCUAUAUAUGCUUCAAAGUGAAGCAGAAGCUGCGUGGGUGCACAUGCACAAGCUUCAUGUAACAUGACAUAGUAUUUUGGGAUUAAGUUACAUUAAUCAGUGACAAGCUCUACUAUAUCUAGAAAUUUCAUAAAUAUAGUAAAGGAGUAUCACCCAUUAUGUAAAAUAUGAAGUAUUAUGGGUUAGAAUAUCAGAAAAUAUGUUUUAGGAUUGGUUUAAAGUUUUAGAGUAAAUCUUUUAAGAAUUGAUUUUAUAUUGUUUACUUAUAAAAUAUAUGUACAUUCUUACA